AUGAUGGAGCCGCUAUCGGAAGAGAGACAAACGGGAAGCCCCAGAUUUUAUCACCUGGAACUUUAUGACUCGUGUGAAGAUUUUGAAAUCUUUUCAGAAGAACCCUUUCGAAGACGAGAUCUGGCUGUGGAAAGCAGGAGGGCCCAAAGUGCAGAGAAGCAAGCAAUCCCGGACAUGGAUUCUAAGGAUCAACCCUUGGGUGAUGCAAGAGGAGGCGGUGAAAAGGCUCAUGGCGCCAGUGAGGCCAUCACUGAUUAUGACAAAAAUCCCCUCAAAGAUACAGAUAUGUACUGCAUUACAUGCUGCGUUCCAGUCAGAGCGCUUGACAAGCACUGCCGCGAACACGAGGAGCAUGAGGUCAUGCCUCUGGCCAGCGUGGUUGAAAUCGCGAAGGAUGCGUUUCAGAAAAAUAUCUGCAAACUGGAAGAACAGAUUGCCCACCUGGAGAGCUUUUCCAGUCACCUGGAGGAAAUUUUUAUCACUGUAGAGGAGGAUUUUGCCAGGCAGGAGCAGAACUUUGAGAAGCAUUACAGUGACUUGAUGCAGACUCUUGAGCAAAGGUAUGAAGAAAACAUGCAGGCUUUGGGAGAAGAAAAGAAGGAGAAACUGGAGGCGCUGUAUGAACAAUUGGUCAGCUGCGGAGAAAAUCUAGACACCUGUAAAGAGCUGACAGAAACCAUUGAGGAUCUUGAUCAGCGUGAAAAUAAAGUGGAUGUGAUAAAGGUGAGAUCAUCUAUAGUUCAAAGACUGGGCACUUUCUUGGAAAAGGAUGUGGAGGUAGACCUCUCAAUGCCAACAGACUUCAAAGCCCGGACCAUCAAUGUCUCGGAUAUCCAAGAACUGAUGGACUCUGUGGAUGCUCUCCCAGGUUCUUUGCCUCCAUGUGCACCGGUGAUGAACUCCCAGGAUCCCAGCUCAGCUACCGGUACAUCCGUGAGGGUGUGCUGGAGUUUCUUUUCAGAAGAUCUUGUUGAAAGUUACCAGCUGUACUACAAGCGAGUGAGCAAUGACACCACAAAAGAGGAGCAAGACGAAUUUAUGACAAAUGUGAAAGAGACCUACUGUACAGUUGCUAAUCUGGUGCCUAAUGCACAGUAUGAAUUUUGGGUGAAAGCGUUAAACAAAGCAGGAGUCGGUCCAGCGAGUGAAAGAGCUGUUUACAUGACAGCUCCUUUGCCACCGGUCAUCAAAAGGAAGGAGCUCCAGAGCUGUGAGCAUGCGGCGCUGGUGCGCUGGGAAUGUGGGAACACCAAUCCCGUCGACUCCUAUACUGCUGAAUUGUCCAGACUGACAGAUGGAGAGGAUGGGGACAUGAUUACUGAGACUAUUGUUGGGAUUCCAAACUGUGAAACACUGAUCCCGCUGGAGCCAAGGCACCACUACCUCAUCUCGGUGAGGGCCGUCAACAUGGGGGGGCCCAGCGAAAAGAGCGAUCCGGUCGCCGUCCUCAGCACAGGCACUGCCUUUACACUGAAUGAAGAAACCUCCCACCCCUCCCUGCUUGUCCUGGAAGAUGGGCUGACGAUUAUGUGCCACAAAGCCGAGACUUCACGAAAUGAUUUGUCCUUCUCUGAAAACAGUUUUACAAGGUCCAUCGCCAUCCUGGGAAACCCAAUACCAUUCCGAGGAAAACAUUACUGGGAGGUGGAUGUCAGCGAAAGCGUGGAAUACAGUGUCGGCGUGGCUUUGGAAAACGUGCCGAGAGACAGCUGCCUGGGCACAAGCCACUCCUCCUGGUGCAUGAGACACACGGUCACCCUGUCCAGGCACACCUACGAAUUUCUGAACGACGGGAGGACACCGGACAUCAAGAUUACCGUCUCUCCCCAAAGAAUUGGCCUUCUGCUGGACUACGACCAAGGGACGCUGUCGUUUUUCAACACCGACAUCAUGCAGCACCUCUAUACGUUCCACGGUCGCUUCCAGGACUUCGUGUGCCCCUGCUUUGCGCUAGGAGAGCCAGGCAGACUCAGGAUUCAGAACGGCAUCGCGCUGCCCGCAUAUGCCAAUUUUUAUUAAGGGUCGCGCUGCUUAGCAGGCCUGACGUGCA